AUGACGAUGGCUCGAAGCGGAGCAUCGGCAAGCUUGAUAGACAACAAGAAGAUAUACGUGUUUGGAGGGUGCUGGGACUGGGAUGUCGCUGCUGAUUCCUCCAACUGGGCAGAGGUGUAUGAUGUCGAAACCGGAACUUGGGAGUUCCUGUCUGUGGUUACGCCCAAGAUGCCCCUCAAAAUCCAACAAAGUUUGGUGAUGGACGACGAGAAGCAUGUUCACGCGGUGGAUGAGGAUGGUCAAAUCUUUAAUUUCUCAAGCACUGAAUGUAAGUUUGAGGCAGCAGAGGACGGAAGAACGGAGUCUAACCCAAGCAAUUGGCUUUUCGCUGAUCAAGCAUUGUUCUGCCCUGCUACCGGCGGGAGAAUACUGUGGCGUUUUCCAUUUGAGUCGGAUUGGAAGGACGUCAAGGGUUUGGAACAGCUGCAGCAGCAACACUCUGGUUUUCAUAUCAUCAAACUCUCCAUCUCUGGUGUCAGGCUGGCCAUCUUCUGGGAAGCCCGGCCUCAAGGUCCCGAUGGUCAGAUUUUGGAGCUUUGGUAUGCCGAGCUUUCCAUUGCCACACGACGCAUAGAAGGUGUAUUCGAGCUUUCCGUGGCCAACAUUGAGUGGUCCGGUGCUGUCCUCUCCUUAGACUCAUCAUCUACUGGCCUCCUUAACUUGUUAUUUGCUGAUUCUUUCUAUCUCUGA